AUGGUUACCCGCGUUCAGGACCAGGUUUACGACCUCCCCAAUUCCUCCGAUCACUCCUACACUCCGUCUGAUACUCUACCGUCCCUCACAUACGGUGAAAGCACCCCCACCAGCGUCAGCUCCAGUGCUUCCAGCGUGCUCACAAUCUUCUCCGGCACCACCACCGGGCGCCACGAGAACUACUCGAGCUUUUGCGGCCUCUGCAGAGACAUCAGACGUCAUCUCCUCUCCGGUAAUAUCCUCUCCGACGUCGACCUCGGCCACUGGGACGACCAUGGGAGAACUACUGAUGCGCACAAGAGGAAGUGGGCCGGAAAGCUCCGCGAGAUCAUUAAUACCCGCUCCGCCAGACUUAAGGACUGCACUGUCAUGAUGAAUGCUCUUGCCGGGCACUCGUUUGUCAGCAUGGCGGACAUGUUACAGGCGUUGAAGGAGCAGGAGGUCGGUGGUGCACAGUCGGCAUUGCACAUUGUGGAUGCAGAGGAAGCCACUGAAGAUAUCUCAAAGGUCGACUGGGAAGGUAUUGGCGUUGCCAUGAGUGAUAGGAGUAACCCUGUUGAAGAAUCGUUCGGAAAUAUCCUAAUUGGACAUGACGUUUCCGCUGAGACCCGCACUGAUGGAAUUCUUGUUGUUAUCACUCCGGAGGCGGGAGAGCCAUUGAGUGAGCGUGAGCGGGCCAAGAUGGAGAGGAUGGAGGAGAAGAGUAGUAUGGUUUUCUUUGGCGAGUUUGAAAGUGGUGAGGAAUUGGAGUGGGCUAUGGUUCCGGCCAUCAUGGACACCGACAGCAUGGCGGCGACUGAGGACACCAUCACGACCGACGGAACCAUGGCAACUGGUGAUACUGCGACAACUGAGACCACCGUCACGGCCGAGGAACUGGAUGAAAAGAAGGUUUAA